GCCAGUGCGCCACAGGCCCAUCUCCCCUGCGGGGUGGGAGUCACUGGGGCCUCGGAUGGUUCCUACCAUGUCUUCUCCCUGCCAUCCAGCCUCUGAACCCUGAGGCACACAGCCGGGGAGCAAGGGUAUGUCCUUUGUUUCUGGGGAGGGUGACCUGCACAAGGUCAGUAGGCAGGCUUGUCUCUCUCCUCCCCACCCCAGAGGUGCUUUAUCUGUGCAACAGGGCUUGAGGAGCUGGGCCUGUCAUGCACCUGACAGCUUCUUGGCGUGGCCGGUGUCCCUCCAUCCUGCAGAUGGCUGGCCAGGGCCUGACCACGCCUGCCCUGGUGGGAAACAGGCACAGGGCUUGCUACUGCUGCGUGUGCCACACCACAGCGCAGCCUUGGCCCAGGAAUAUUCGUGGCCCAGGUGGGCUCGUGGCUGCGUAUGCAUACCCAGAGGGUCCGACAGAGCACAGCUGGGGGCUCUCCACCUUUUUGGUGGAGCUGGAGGGCUUUUCUGAAGGGCUAAGCCUUGAAUAAAGGAGACGCUGCCCAGGGACCCUGGAUGCCUCUCUAGAGCAUGAGCUCGGGCAGGGGCUCCCGCUACGACCGUUUCUCCGGGGGGCCCCCCAGCCUGGCUGCUCCAGACAUCUCCAGUGGGACCAGAAUGGAAACGACCUUCGGGCCUGCCUUUUCUGCCGUCACCACUAUCACAAAAGCUGAUGGGACCAGCGCAUACAAACACCGCAGGACGCCCUCCUCCUCCAGCACCCUGGCCUACUCCCCCCGGGACGAGGAGGAUGUCAUGCCCCCGGUCAGCACUCCACGCCGCUCCGACUCGGCUGUCUCGGUCCGCUCCCUGCACUCGGAGUCCAGCAUGUCCCUGCGCUCCACGUUCUCACUGCCCGAGGAGGAGGAGGAGCCGGAGCCGCUUGUGUUUGCCGAGCAGCCCUCGGUGAAGCUGUGCUGCCAGCUCUGCUGCGGUGUGUUUAAGGACCCCGUGAUCACCACGUGUGGGCACACGUUCUGUCGAAGAUGCGCGUUGAAGUCAGAGAAGUGUCCCGUGGACAAUGCCAAGCUGACAGUGGUGGUGAACAACAUCGCGGUAGCUGAGCAGAUCGGGGAGCUCUUCAUCCACUGCAGGCACGGCUGUCGGGUGGCCGGGGGCGGGAAGCCCAGCGUCUUUGAGGUGGACCCACGAGGGUGCCCCUUCACCAUCAAGCUCAGUGCGCGGAAGGAGCACGAGAGCAGCUGUGAGUACCGGCCUGUGCGGUGUCCAAACAACCCCAGUUGCCCGCCCCUCCUCAAGAUGAACCUGGAGGCCCACCUCAAGGAGUGUGAGCACAUCAAGUGUCCCCACUCCAAGUACGGGUGCACGUUCAUCGGGAACCAGGACACAUAUGAGACGCACUUAGAGACAUGCCGCUUCGAGGGCCUGAAGGAGUUCCUGCAACAGACGGAUGACCGCUUCCACGAGAUGCAUGUGGCACUGGCCCAGAAGGACCAGGAGAUCGCCUUCCUGCGCUCCAUGCUGGGCAAGCUCUCAGAGAAGAUCGACCAGCUGGAGAAGAGCCUGGAGCUCAAGUUCGACGUCCUGGACGAAAACCAGAGCAAGCUGAGCGAGGACCUCAUGGAGUUCCGGAGGGAUGCGUCCAUGCUGAACGAUGAGCUGUCCCACAUCAAUGCACGGCUGAACAUGGGCAUCCUAGGAUCCUAUGACCCGCAGCAGAUCUUCAAAUGCAAAGGAACCUUUGUGGGCCACCAGGGCCCCGUCUGGUGUCUCUGUGUCUACUCCAUGGGGGACCUGCUCUUUAGCGGCUCCUCUGACAAAACCAUCAAGGUGUGGGACACGUGUACCACGUACAAGUGCCAGAAGACGCUGGAGGGCCAUGAUGGCAUUGUGCUGGCGCUCUGCAUCCAAGGGUGCAAGCUCUACAGUGGCUCAGCAGACUGCACCAUCAUUGUGUGGGACAUCCAGAACCUACAGAAGGUGAAUACCAUCCGGGCCCAUGACAACCCAGUGUGCACGUUGGUCUCCUCGCACAACAUGCUCUUUAGUGGCUCCCUAAAGGCCAUCAAGGUCUGGGACAUUGUGGGCACUGAGCUGAAGCUGAAGAAGGAGCUCACGGGCCUCAACCACUGGGUGCGGGCCCUGGUGGCCGCCCAGAGCUACCUGUACAGUGGCUCUUACCAGACAAUCAAGAUCUGGGACAUCCGGACCCUCGACUGCAUCCAUGUCCUGCAGACGUCUGGCGGCAGCGUCUACUCUAUCGCCGUGACGAAUCACCACAUUGUCUGUGGCACCUAUGAGAACCUCAUCCACGUGUGGGACAUUGAGUCAAAGGAGCAGGUACGGACCCUGACGGGCCACGUUGGCACUGUGUAUGCCCUGGCAGUCAUCUCAACACCAGACCAGACCAAAGUCUUCAGCGCGUCCUAUGAUCGGUCCCUCAGGGUCUGGAGCAUGGACAACAUGAUCUGUACGCAGACCCUGCUGCGUCACCAGGGCAGUGUGACUGCACUGGCUGUGUCCCGGGGCCGGCUCUUCUCGGGGGCUGUGGACAGCACUGUGAAGGUCUGGACUUGCUAGGAGGAUCCAGGCUGGGUCUUGGUUUCCUCUGGGCCUGCCCUCGGCCUGUCCAAGCCAGGCUGGCCACAUGAGUGUUCGUGGGGUCUCUGCCUGCCCUGUGGGGACAGGCAAGCAGGCUCAGCCAUCCAGCAGUGCCCUCCCCACCCUGCGCCCAGCGAGCCUCCCUCUGCUUGGCCCUGUAAUCAUCACAGCCAAGAUGGUGCCCAGCCCCUCUCCGGGUGUCAGGUACGACAUUCGCCUGGCCCACACCUCCAUCCCGCCCCGGAGGGACUGUGGGCCUUUUUACUCACUUUUUGUACUGUUUUUAGACUGUAUAUAGAUUUGAUUACUUCCUGACUGAAAUAAAAGCUGCACAGACUGUG